CCAGCUGCUCAUGCUUCCCAACACACCUGCGUGUUCCAGGAGACACCGGAUGUACCGGGAGGAGCUGAACCUGAGCUCGCCCGCGGCGCCGCUGCCGCUGCGGCCCGAGGCGGGCUGGCUGCAGUUCCAGCUGGGCAUCAGCCGCCACGGGCUCUACCCGCGCUCCAGCGCCGCCGUCAGCAGCGUGCUGCGCGACCUGCGGCACCUGCCCACCGUCAGCGCGGACUACAGCCAGGAUGAGAAGGCGCUGCUGGGAGCCUGUGACUGCAGCCAGGUGGUGAAGCCCAGCGGUGUGCACCUGAAGCUGGUCCUCAGGUUCCAGGAUUUUGGGAAAGCCAUGUUCAAGCCCAUGAGGCAGAAACGUGAGGAGGAGACCCCUGAGGAUUUUUUCUACUUCGUGGAUUUCCAGCGGCACAACGCGGAGAUCGCCGCCUUCCACCUGGACAGGAUCCUGGAUUUCAGGAGGGUGCCACCCACCGUGGGCAGGCUGGUCAAUGUCACCAAGGACAUCCUGGAGGUCACCAAGAACGAGGUCCUGCAGAGCGUCUUCUUCGUGUCACCAGCCAGCAACGUCUGCUUCUUCGCCAAGUGCCCGUACAUGUGCAAGACGGAGUACGCCGUGUGUGGCAGCCCCCACCUGCUGGAGGGCUCCCUCUCUGCCUUCCUGCCCUCCCUCAGCCUGGCCCCACGCCUCUCCAUCCCCAACCCCUGGAUCCGCUCCUACUCCUUCCACGGCAAGGAGGAGUGGGAAGUGAAUCCACACUACUGCAACACAGUAAGGGAGAUCUACCCCUACAGCAACAGCAACCGGCUGCUCAACAUCGUGGACAUGGCCAUCUUCGACUUCCUAAUAGGGAACAUGGACCGGCACCACUACGAGAUGUUCACCAAGUUUGGGGACGAUGGCUUCCUCCUGCACCUGGACAAUGCCAGAGGGUUUGGGAGGCACUCCCACGAUGAAAUCUCCAUCCUGGCUCCUCUCUCCCAGUGCUGCAUAAUAAAGAGAACGACCCUGCUGAAGCUGCAGCUCUUGGCAGAGCCCGAGUACCAGCUCAGCGACAUGAUGAGGGAAUCCCUCCUGCAGGACCCCCUGGCCCCUGUGCUCACCGAGCCCCACCUGCUGGCCCUGGACAGGCGGCUCCAGCUCGUCCUGGACGCCGUGGGGAAGUGCAUCGACACCUUCGGAGAGGCCGCGGUGGUGGCCAACGACACCCGGCAGCCCCCGAGCCCCGCCGAGCACAGAGCCAGGCUGGGCACCUAAACACAGCUCCGAGCUGGGGCAGCCCUGCAGGGCUCCUGCUCCUCGCCACCUACAAGCGCCGGCAGAAACCAGAGGGGAAACGCCGCAAGAUCAAGAAUCCCGCUGGGCUCCUCUGCUGGUGUUUAAGCAGAGCUCCUGUGCUCGGCCACCGUGCUGCUGUGACUGCAGAUCUGCACACCCCAGACAGCUCUGGGGUGCAAAAGCUGUGAUCUCCAGCUCUGGAGCUGCCCUUGGGAGGGUGAGGGAGCCUGACCUUGGUUUGCUCAACUUCCACAGGGCUUGGUCUUGCUGGAGAAGGACAUGAACUCGACCCGAGGGUGAGGGUCGAAUAAAGAGAUGCCAAGAG